AUGCGGAAGUUGCCCGGCGGGUGGACGUCCUUGAGCAUGCGCUCAAUGUACUUGUCCGUGUUCUUGGAGCACCAGCCCUGCGCGAACGAGAGGAAGAAGACCUUGUCGCCGACUUCCUUGGUGAACUUGGACGGGUUGGUCUGCGUGUACGUCUGGUACGCGCGGAAGGCCGUCUUGAGACCGCCGUUGUCAGCGAUCGUCUCGCCGAGUGUCAGGCGGCCGUUGACCUUGCCAAGCGACUUGCCGGUCACUUCGCUCUUGGCAACGAAACCGCUGUACUGGUCGGCAAUGCACUUGGCCUUCUCGUUGAAUUUGAUCGCGGUCUCGUCGGUCCACCACGGCUUGAGGUUGCCGUCGCCGUCAAAGUUGCGGCCCGAGUUGUCGAAGCCGUGCGUGAUUUCAUGGCCAAUGACCAUGCCGAUGGCACCAAAGUUCUGCGCCGGGUCAGAGUUGCCCGAAAAGAAAGGCGUCUGGAGAAUGGCGGCCGGGAACGUGAUCGAGUUGAGGCGCGGGCUGUACCACGCGUUGACCUCGGACGCGGGAGAGCUCCACUUCUUGCGGUCGACGGGCGUGCCAAUCAUCUUGAGGUUGGCCUCCGUGUCGAACGUGUUGAUCUUGUUGCGGUUGCCGACAUAG